AAAAAAAAAAAAAGUGGCACGUAUUGCUCACUCUCUCACACAAAGUCCGAAAAACCCCAAACUCUCUCUUUCUCUCUCAUCAAUAAUCAGAGAGUUGCCGUUGAAUCCCUCGCCUUCACAGAAUCACAAAUCCACAUCCAAACGUCGUCGUUUCCCAAGCUCCACUCUUUUAAGCUCAAAUUCAAGCUCAGCUCUCUCUCCGACCAAUUUUCGCUUCCCAAUUUCUCUGUGAAAGCUUUUAGGGUUUUCUCUCUUAUUUGCUCUUCAAAUUGGGGGAAAAAGCUUUGGUACUAAGCUGGCUAUGGACUACGAGCCCUACGAUAGCAGUGGAACUGAUGAUGAUCUUCCUCCAUCACAUCAAAAUAGAAUUCCUAGAGGGCGUGUUGCCGGAAAUGGAAGAUCUGCUGUGGCUUCUGUUCCAUAUCCUAGGAUGUAUGGUGAAACUGAUAUGGAGACCCAAAUUCACCAACUCGAGCAAGAAGCAUACAGUUCAGUUCUAAGAGCCUUUAAAGCUCAAGCUGAUGCCAUUACUUGGGAGAAGGAAAGUUUAAUAACAGAACUUAGAAAAGAGUUGAGACUAUCAAAUGAGGAACACAGAGAGCUUCUAGGACGGGUUAAUGCAGAUGAUGUCAUUCGAAGGAUAAGGGAGUGGAGACAGACAGGUGGGCAUCAAUCUGGCAUGCUCGGUACUGGUCAAGCUGCUCAUGAUCCAAUACCCAGCCCUACUGUCUCUGCAUCUCGCAAGAAACAGAAGAUUUCUCAGCCAGUACCAUCACAAUCCUAUGGUGGACCAUCUCCUACGUUUCACCAACAAGCAGUAGCAGCAUCUCACCAGCCAUCUUCGUCCACCGCAAAGCGAGGAUCAAUCCCAGGACCAAAGGGCAAGAAGCAGAAACCUGGUCAGGUUUUGCCUGGUGCUUCUUCAAUGAAGCAGUAUCCUCUGUCAGGCCCUACUGGGAGGGGUCAGGUUGCUAAUAGGGUUUCUUCUGGUGCUCUUGCGGGUGAGCAUCCCGAAGGAGCAACUUUUGAUCCAUUGAUUGGGAGGAGAGUGAGGACCAGGUGGCCUGAUGACAAUAACUUUUAUGAAGCUGUUAUAACUGACCACAAUCCAGUUGAGGGGCGACAUGCUCUGGUCUAUGAUAUUGGCAGUGCAAAUGAGACAUGGGAAUGGGUUAAUCUCUCGGAGAUCUCCCCUGAGGAUAUCCAAUGGGUUGGCGAGGAUCCUGGAAUCCCCCGUCGAGGGGGUUAUGGUGGAUCAGGUCAUGGGAUGAAUAGACCCAUUGGCCGUGAUGGUAUUCCAGGUGCAGGAAGAGGUAGAGGGGCUACAAAGGGUCAUGCCAGAAAAGAUUUUCUGCCAUCGCAAAAUGGAAUUGGAAAGAAAGCACCAGAUGAUAUAAAAAUUCUUCACACAGAUACUCUAAUCAAGGAGGUGGAGAGAGUUUUUGGUGCAAAUCAUCCAGAUCCUCUUGAAAUUGAGAGAGCCAAGAAAGCAUUGAAGGAGCAAGAACAAGCACUUGUUGACGCAAUUUCAAGGCUUAAUGAGAUUUCUGAUGGUGAAAGCGAUGAGGGUGGCCACCAGUUCUCGCUUGGGCAGUCAAUGGAUCGAGAUUGAUUAGGGACUGGUUACAACAGAAAGCAGGAUUAUAACAUACAAUUUUAAGGCUGGAGGAGGUUAAUAUGAUGGAUAGAGUGUUAAGAUUUUAUAAUGGAAAAAUCUGAUUUGAAGGUUACUUUCUAGUAUAAUACUACCAUCUUCCGACUCUCUCUCUCUCUCUCCCCCGCUGGGGAUGACUCUGGGCUUGGGACAAUUAGUAGGAUAGUGCUAUUGUAGGGAUGGAUGGGUAUUGUUGUAGCUGCUGCUGGGUUAAUAAUUUAUUGGUUAACUGAGUUCACUUAGGAGAUGCUGAUGCUAGUGUACAAUACAUUAUUUGGUUAGUGAUUAACGUGUGGUGGUCCUGUAUAAAUUUGUGUUAUUCAUGCGUAA